UAUAAAGCUGUAGAAAUCCUCAGCCACUUUUCUUUCCUAUCUCCUCCACCGCCUUUUCUUUCCUAUCUCUUCAUUUCUCUUUUCCUCGGCAAAAAAAAAAAAAAAAAUUCAGUUAUGGCCGGAAGCGGUGUGGUAACGGUUUACGGUAACGGUGCUCUAACGGAGACCACCAAACAAUCCCCAUUCUCCGUUAAAGUGGGUCUUGCUCAGAUGCUUCGCGGCGGCGUUAUCAUGGACGUCGUUAAUGCUGAACAAGCCCGUAUAGCGGAGGAAGCCGGCGCGUGUGCUGUCAUGGCUCUUGAGCGCGUCCCUGCUGAUAUACGCGCUCAAGGUGGUGUAGCCCGUAUGUCGGAUCCACAACUUAUCAAGGAAAUCAAACAGGCCGUUACUAUCCCCGUUAUGGCUAAAGCCCGUAUUGGUCAUUUCGUUGAGGCCCAAAUCCUUGAAGCAAUUGGAAUUGAUUACGUGGACGAAUCAGAAGUGUUAACCCUUGCUGAUGAUGAGAAUCACAUUAACAAACAUAAUUUCCGUAUCCCUUUUGUUUGUGGGUGUCGUAACCUAGGUGAGGCUCUACGUCGUAUCCGUGAGGGCGCAGCUAUGAUACGUACAAAAGGUGAAGCGGGUACAGGCAACAUUAUUGAAGCCGUUCGUCAUGUCCGUUCCGUUAUGGGUGAUAUUCGUGUGCUACGCAACAUGGACGAUGAUGAGGUGUUCACUUUUGCUAAGAAGAUAGCAGCACCGUACGAUCUGGUGAUGCAGACAAAACAGUUGGGUAGGCUUCCUGUUGUUCAUUUUGCUGCAGGUGGGGUUGCAACACCAGCAGAUGCAGCGCUUAUGAUGCAGUUGGGAUGUGAUGGUGUAUUUGUCGGGUCGGGUAUUUUCAAGAGUGGUGACCCGGCUAAGAGGGGUCGGGCUAUUGUUCAAGCCGUGACUCAUUACAGUGACCCACAAUUGUUGGCUGAGAUUAGCUGUGGGCUUGGUGAGGCUAUGGUUGGGAUUAACCUUGAUGAUAAGGUGGAGAGGUAUGCUAACCGUUCUGAGUGAUUGAGAUGGUUUUAAUUAAGUUAAGAAAUUAAAGUCUUUAUUUUCGUUUAAAUGUUUACAGUUUUGAGGUUUAAUGUGCCUCUUGUGCUUUGGAUGAGCGUAUGUUAAACUGUUGGAUAUGUUCGUCCGUAUAUUUUAGUUUUGUUUUUCUGGUCAGUUAUUAUAACUUAUAAACCAUUGGAAUGGGAUGAUUAGAUUUAUUCAGUUAUAUGCAUUUCGAUAUUCAGCUUUGGAA